GCACCUGCCGGCCGCGCUGCCCGCGGGCACCGCGCGGACCCUACACCCCGUAUCCCGCUGCGGGCUCGAGAUCCUGCCGCCUCUAGGGAGGAGACCAUGCCGCGCUCCUUCCUGGUGAAAACGCACUCCAGUCACAGGGUCCCCAACUACGGGCAACUGGAGACACGGAGAGAGGCUAAUGGCUCCGGCCCUGCCUGUGAGGAGCCGGUGGGAUCCUGCCACCUUCCAGAUGAGGAGGCCCCUUCCUCUCCUCGUGACCCUCUGCAGCCCUGGGACAGCACGUCUGCCGUCGCCUGCAUCUCUCGGCCUCUUCUGUCACACCCUGGGGAAGCCCUGGGAGCCUCUGGGCCCAAACCCCAGGAAACCGGCUGGGUGGGCCCUCGGGCUGGCCAGGCCCCCAGUGUUCCCCUCAAAGACAGUUUCAAUCUGCCCUCACUGUUGGUGCUGCCCACACGAUGGCCCCCAAUCCUGGGCCCAGAUGGAGCUCUAGAUAAACAGCUAAGGGCCGAGGGAACAUCGCGAGUCCCAGGUAGUUUUGAAUGCAUCCACUGCCACAGGCCCUAUCAUACGCUGGCCGGCCUGGCCAGGCACCAGCAGCUGCACUGCCACCUGUCGGCUGGGCCUGCCUUCACCUGCAGGUACUGCGACAAGGAGUAUGCCAGCCUGGGGGCCCUCAAGAUGCACAUCCGCACCCACACGCUGCCCUGCAUCUGCAAGGUAUGCGGCAAGGCCUUCUCCAGGCCCUGGCUGCUCCAGGGCCACAUCCGCACCCAUACAGGUGAGAAGCCCUAUACUUGUCCUCACUGCAGCAGGGCCUUUGCUGACCGCUCCAACCUGCGGGCUCAUCUGCAGACCCAUGCUGGUACCAAGAAGUACCGUUGUACUGUCUGCUCCAAGGCUUUCUCCCGCAUGUCUCUCUUGGCACGGCAUGAGGAAGCUGGCUGCUGUUCUGGCCCUUAGAGGCACAGCAAGGUGGAGGGACCAAGACUGACUAUAUUCUCAGUGGCUCUGUCAUCCAGGACAACCAGAGGAGGCAGGGCCCAGCCUACUGUUGCCCGUGUCCAGCCAGAACGAAGAAGCCCAGUGGAGCCUUGAGGCAUCUUUCCCACAGGCCUACAUUCAGAGUAGAUGUAUCACCACCAGACUCACCAAAACAAGAACCAACAGUUUCAUGUUCAGCUUGACCUGUCUGCUGGACCUAUUCCAAGAAGGAGAGACUGUUGGGAAGUGGCUAACACUGGACAAAUCCCACCAUGACACCAGUGAGCCUGGCCACCUGGGUCCCUCUGUGUGCAACUUAAAACGAUCAUUUUUACUUGAGGAGAGCACAGUGUCUGUAUAACCUUGGGAAGCACAGCUACCUCUCAGCCAGCCUCACUUGCCUUUGCCCUUGGGUUGGAGACACAUUUUCUCUUACCCCUUAUGUGCACCUGCAUUCGCACACAUGAGCACGCAUAUGUCCUGGCUCCUCCCCCUGAGAUGAGGCAGGGCCAGGGAGGAUUGGGCUGAUGCCAGGUCCUGCCUCAUCUCCAUUGUCCUGCUUGGAGCUGGCCUCAGUGACUGCUUAAUGUCUCAGGAGAGCAGCCGUGAGGUAGUGAAUGAAGAGCCUCCACACUCAGGCCUCCUCUAUUGAGCCUUGAAGUCUGGAGUCUUUACCAGUCCACUUGGAUCUGUGGAGAGGCAGAAUUCUCCAAGGGCAAUGGGAUUUCAGAUAACAUGGGCCUUUCUGGGCACAGAGCAGGCAGGAGACUGAGGGCAUCUUGUGGGAGCAUUUCAGAGCCCUGUGAGGCUGGGGCCUUCACUGGAAAUGGAACCUGAGAGAGAAGCUGCAUGAAGUGGCUUGGCCUGGAAAAUGAAGCUGAGCCUACAACUCACACCAGGGUUAAGGGCCCGUGGAGGAUGCUUGGACAGGACCAAGGCUGAGAACUGGUAGGAAUACUAUAUGCAGCUGAGUAGCAUCCUGAGCAUAGAACAGGGAAGGACUUGCUUCUUCCACUGGAUCUGAUUGACUCUAGUUGGCAUUUGGACAAAGAAAGGAAUCCCACAGAGUCCGCAAGAGAGAAUUCUUGACACCUUCUUAGGUAAGAGGCUAUCGGGCAAUCCACUUCUGGCCCAGAACAAGGGACAUGAGCCAGCAUCCUUUGUUCAGGCUCAGUAACCAAGGCCCAGCUUCUUCUGAGCUUCCAGGAGCCUGCUAGAAAGCCCAUGGGUCAUGCAGGUACCUUUACCUCUGAUUUUGCAGCUGCUUCAGGCCAGGCUCGGUAAUGAGCAUCUGGCUGUGGUUUGCUAGUGUGAGGGGUAGCUCCCUAAGAGGCCUUAGGGACCUCCCAAAGGAAACUUAAUCUAUUUGGAGAAAGUCUCAAACAGUCUCAGUCUAUAACCCACAUUGGCCUUGAGCUCACAGCAGUCCUCCUGCCUCAGCCUCCCAAGUGCUGGGAUUAUAGGGGUGAACACCAUUUCUGGCUUAGGAAUGUUACCUUGAGGUUGGGCUUCUACACCAGGGGCGGCUACAAAUGCAUAAAUACCCCGCCCAGUCUCCCGUGAGAAAGAUGGCUGCAAGCUGACUCCAGCUGGUGGAGGGACACACGAGAUAGACACACUCAUGUCUUCAGACCAAGAGCACUGCCUUCCAGGGGGAUGGGUAGGAACUGGACACGAGGGUAUCCUCUGAAUGGAAAAGCACCCACCAAAAGUUCUGGAGGCCAGAAGUCCCAGCCCAAAGAGACCUUCAGGGCGGAGGUGAAUCUUGUCUUUGGCUUGUAGGAAGAGUUCCUCCGUUUCUGCCUUGGCCAUCACACUGCCCUGUCCUGUGAGUCUCUCCAGAGUGACCUUAUCUUAACAUCUGCGAAGAUCCACUUCAGGUUGCAGUCUAAGGUUCUAGGGGUUAGGAUUUUGACAUGGAUUUGGAAUGGAGGAGUGCUGUUCAGCCCAAACAUCCGAGAACGUGUGUUGACAAGUCACCUUCCCUGUGACUGACCCUCACUCUUAGAGCAAGGCAAAGGGGUCUAAAUGAUCCCUUCUCAAAAAUCCACACAGGACCAUGGGUUAGUCAAUUACCUGAAAUAGCUUCAAAGGUUGGGUAAGAACCCCCCCCCCCGCCUCCUCUUCAUCUCUCUGUCAAAGCAAAAGAAGGAACCUUGUCCCCAAAUGUCUGGCCCUCUGUAAGCAGAGGGGCCCUCGGAGCUCUAACCAACAUGAGCCUGGAUUUCUCACAGGAGCGCUCUUUUAAAAUAGCAUCCAGAUGCCCAGAGGAAGCUAUAUUGUAGAUUGUGUCCUAUUUCUGGUUUCUCAUGUCUAAAUGGGGCUGCCGCACCUGUCGGCAUGAAGCAGGGAAUCUCACAGCCUAAAAUAAAGUGGAAUGUUUUCCCCC